AACAUCUCCUCAACCUUCCAUUUGCUCAUCCCGUUUGAGUACGAACACACCUUUUCCUAUAUCAAAAAGGAACUUUAAUACGAUACAUUAUUGCACCAGCCUCUCACUCUCACAUCCAUCACAUAGUGGACAGACUGGUCAAAGCAUGACACAGUGACUUGUAGCUGCCAUCCCAAACAUCUUCUCACCUCAUCCAGGAUGUCCUUAUUGAUAGUGUGCCUCUGGGCAGGGCUUAUGUUGUCCCUUCCUCGUCCUAGUUGCCAAUCAUGCACCAUCGGCUCAGCCAAUGAGUGCAAAGAGGCAGAAUUUGCUCCUGGAACCAACCUAGCAGGGGAAGGCUUUGACAUCACCAAAAUGAAACGCAAAGGAGCCUUUGUCAUUGACAUGAACGUGUGGAAACGCAAAGACAAGACAUGCACCCUCUGUAAGAAUCCCUAUCUGGAAGGGAAAAAACAGAGGCUUCCUUUGGCAGUGGUGGAUUGGAGACCAAACCACCAGUGUAGUAUGAAAGUGUCCAGUAAACURCAUCGCUCCAGUGAGUCUCUCGUCAGCUCCAGUMGCUCUUCUGUGGAGAAUAACUGGCAGGUCAAUCUAGAGUUAGAGAAGGGAUCAAAAAGUGGGAAGAUUAUGCUCGCUGGAACCAACUCCAAAUUGGCUGAGUACUCCAUGGAGAAAACCAAGAGUGACAAGUUCAGUUUCACAAGCCACAGUGUGUCCUGCYGGUAUUACAGCUAUCGAGUAUCUGGCCAGCCCAAGUUACACCAAGAAUUCAAGACAGCAGUAAAGAAUCUCCCCAAAAUAUAUCAACAAGAAAACAAACAACGUUAUUACAAGCUUAUUGAUAACUUUGGCACGCAUUACAUUACCAAGGUGAGCCUGGGUGGAACGGUGCAGUCUGUGACCAGUAUCAUGCAGUGCCAGGCCAGCCUGCAGGGUCUCAGUGCAGAGGAGGUGAAGAUGUGUCUGGAUGUGGAGGCGUCUGCCAGUGUGGGUGACAGCAACAGCUUGAAGACUGAGUUCAAGCACUGUCAGGAGGAUAAGUCUAAGACAGAGAGCAAGGCCAGCUUCUCCAGUGUCUUCAAUGAUAGGUUCACAGAGGUGAAAGGUGGCCACACCACAGAACCAGAGCUCCUCUUCUCUGCUGAUAAAGAUCCCGCCUCCUACAAGGAAUGGCUGYACUCCCUACCACACUAUCCGGACAUCGUCUCCUAUUCGCUGGAAUCUCUCCAUGAGUUGCUGCCCACCACCAACCCAGCUCGGAAGCACCUGCGCAAGGCCAUCAGCGACUACAUCCUGGAGAAGGCCUUGUGGAAGAACUGUUCUGAACCCUGUCAAACUGGCAUCAAAAGUGACCACAYAGACUCCUGCGUCUGCAYCUGCCACAACAACCCCGGGGUGAGCGCCGACUGCUGCCCCACCCGCAAAGGCCUGGCGCGGGUGGUCAUCACUGUUCAGAGAGGGGCCAACCUGUGGGGAGACCACACCACUGCCACUGACGGCUACGUGAAGGUGGCUUUCGCAGGCCAGACAAUCGGACGCACRACAGUUAUCUACAACAACAACAACCCCAGCUGGGCAAUGAGCUAUGACCUGGGAACCGUGGAUCUGUCAACCAGUAAGAAGCUGAGAUUUGAGGUGUGGGACGAGGACGACAAGUGGAACGACGACCUGUUAGGAGAAUGUGAGAAGGAGCUGACAGCCGGGGUGAAGGAGGAUCUCUGCAACCUCCAGCAUGGCCAACUGUUCUACAAGUGGGAGGRGGUGUGUGCCCCCAGUCUAGGUGGCUCCGCCUGUAUGGACUAUGUGCCCUCCCCUAUGAAUCCCCACCUGGAGAAGGUUUAUGUGUCUCGCCACUCCCGUCUCAUUCCAAAGGACAUGCUGGUGAGUAUGGGAGUGUUGGUGGACGGACCCAAUCUCCAUGGCAACAAGAGCCUCAGUACAGGGAACAGAGAGUGUGGUCGGUUUUAGAGGUAUGCAUGGUGAUCCAUGUCAAAACCCGUAUCAAAACCCCAGAUCUUUUUCAGGUAGAUUUCUCCAACCUAAAAUAAUAAAAUAAAUGUUUUGGUAAAAUGUGUUUUGUUGGGCCUCCCGAGUGGCGCAGCGGUCUUAGGCAC